AUGAAGGUCAGUGUCAGUGUAGAAAGGAGGAAGAUAUAAAAGGAUAUAAAGUGUGACCUUACUGACAGUGUGCGAUUCAGAAUAGAAAUGUGUAACAAAAGAUGAAAAGUUAAUGCACGGCGUAACUACAUGUUUCUAUUACCUGGAACCAAUGAAUGAUGACCAGUGCAUAUAUUCACAAACCAGAUCGAAAUGCAUUCGUUUCAUUGCAUUGCUGGUUAUAUUUUCUGAUAAUCUUGUGAACGCUAUGGAAACAUCCAACACACAUUUUGGCAGUAACUGCACAGGACAGACAGAAAUUAAUGAAAACCAACAAUUCUACGUAAUGUUCGGCGGAGGAAAAGCACGCAUAUCCUGCGAUUACUUCGUGUUCCGAGGAAGAGUGGAAAGCACACGGGACAGUUACAAAAUUUGCAUCAUCCCUCAGUAUUUCUUUGAUCCGUCUUGUGCCGUGAGCUUGAAAUAUGCAUCUUCUGCCAAUGGCAAUACGCUAGAGAGUUUGAAUUGUACGCAAAUCUUCCAUUUGGAGUUCUGUGGGGCUCUGAAUCAGCAGCUGUAUAUCUCUGUGGACAGAGUGGGUAGGGUGUCUACACGAGAUACUAGAUUCAAACUCCUGGUGCAUGUCUUAAUUGAAGCUAACGACACUUCUUGGCGUGAAGUGACAGUAGGGGUGGCUGUAGUACUCGCAUUCGUCAUAGUUCUGGUUGUAUCGUGCUGUAAAUGGCGAUGGAAAAAAUGCCCAUGCACCCAACAGUCUGUCACAGCUACAACUCAGACAUAUUCAACUGAUCUAGAACUUCAACGAAGGACCGCCUUUACAACUCCCGCCAACAAUACCGACAUGGACGUGAUAAACAGAUGGUCGGGUCCUCCACCCGAAUACUCAGUGUCGUGUCCCGUGGAGAGAUCCCGAAGCAAUGCAACGGAAAGUAUGUACCAAACUUCCCAAAUCAACGCAGCAGAGAGCACCUACCCAACUGCGAACUACCAAAGAAACCCAUGGUUCCUAAGGAACACACCAAACGCAAACCUAGAUCCUCCCCCGGAGUACUCUGUGUCAUGUAUAACUGGUAGAACUGUACCGUCCGAGUUCCAAGACUCCCGGGAUCCCGGUGUGUGUCGCCAGACGACAGAAUCACAGUGUUGUGAUCCUCCCCCUAGCUAUGAAGAAGCGGUCAACAGCAGCUGAUACUGUUACUGUUCUGUCCAUGGCACUGUGUCGGAUAACUAUGCAAGAGCCAAUCUGGCACUUCGCACACGUUCAAAAUGCAGUUCCUUCACGAUAUUAUAUCAUAUGGUUACUUACCUCCAUGUAGGAGUGUACGUAUGACUAUCAGCCCUGAUACACCUGUUUUAAACUUGGUGAGACGUUAACCGGAAGCUUAUCAAAUAAAUGUAGUUCUCGCAUACAUGUACGCAGUAUGUAUCAGUUUCUCCUGAUGCCGAUUAUAUAACUACGCAAUAAUAUGUAUACCCAUGAGUAACAAUUACUAGUACUCCUUGACAAGCCACGAACAUUGAAUACCGCAAUUGAAAUCCUCAACACAAUUUUAGGAGAUAGUACACUCAGAAUGACAGAUACAGGUGCCAAAUUAACUUUUUAGAUUUUAGAAAAAUGUGUACAUGUAAUAACGUACAUCAUAUUUUCUAUGUGUGUAAUAUUUAUAAUCUAUGUGCAAUAUUUUCACGGAAAACGUGUGCAAAUAAGUAUGUGGUUAUAAAAAAAAAUACUAUAUGAUUUCUUUGGUGGUUCAUGCGGGUAUGAAGGUAGCUAGCAUUGCAGAAAAAUUCAUGUACAUUGUACAGUUGCAUAAUAACCCCCGUCAGAUAAGAAUUGUUGAAAGUCUUAUUUAUUCGUCAAUGUUUCCCAAAUUCUUGGGCCCAUUAUUGAGAACUCCAUAUAUCUUAAUUGGCUAAGAACAAUAGAUGCUAAAA